AUGAAGAUUGUUUCUGUUGUGGGAGUUGGUGGGCUCGGCAAAACUACUCUUGCCAAGGCAGUGUAUGAUAUGCUUAUAUUCGAUUAUGGGGCUUUUGUUCCUGUUGGCCAAGAUCCUGACUUGAAGAAAGUCUUUAGAGACAUUCUUAUUCAUCUUGACAAGGAAAGAUACACAGAUUUGAAAUACACAGUGUUGGAUGAAAAGCAGCUCAUCGACGAACUCCGUGUUUUCCUUAGAACAAAGAGGUAUGGAAUAAGCCACCCAAUGAUUUUGCACUUAUUUGUCUAUUAUAUCAUGUUAUCAAUAUUUCUCAUACUUCCUGUCCUUAGUGUACUGCUUGAAACCUUGAAAUUAUUAGUGAUGAUGAUGGCUAAGAGGGGUUAG